AUGGGUGAACCUAGUGCUUUUAACUACGAUCCAGUGUACAAACUGUCUAGUCCAAGGAUGUCAAACAAAAAUGGUUGCCGCCAGUGGAACUUGAAGCAGAGUGGUGCAAAUUCCCAAUGUUUAUUACCUUCAUGGACUCUUUCAAGUCUUUUAACAAUCUCCAAGCAAUGUUCCGAGAACUGGCAUUGCUCUGCAGUAACAAUUUACCUGCCUACAACCUACAUCUACAGACUGUCUCCAGUCAUGACAGACGACCAUGGACCUGACCACUACAGAUACUUUGAAGACUCAUGUAUGAUGACCGUAUCUCAAGAAUUUACUAAAACCAUGGCUGCUCGACAGACAGAAAAAAUGAUCCCUGCGUUAUUCUUAUCUAUGUAUACAAGAUACACUAGCAGUUAGAAAAUGAAGAGUGUUCCUAAAAGUCCCUGACCAUGACUGAAUGUUGAAAGAAAGGCACCUUCUAGACAGCAGUAUCUCUAAGAACACUACCCUGAACCAAGACUGAAAACGGAAGAAAUGUAUUUAAGGCCUUAAUGAUUAAAUAAUGAAGUAAAAUUUUGUCUUGUUAGUUACAAGGUAAAGCAAAUAUUUUUCUUAAGAGUCCAAAACAUAGCAUACACACUCCGCUCUCACUUGCAACAAAAUGCCUUUAUGGCUAAAAGGCUAUUUUCUAUUAUUUAUUUUUAAAACCUCUGUAUCCAAAAUGAAUCUAAAAGGAACCAAAACGUAGCCUAAAAGGCUACUUUUACAUAGAUAUUAAAAUACCGUAGUAACCCAGGUAAACUACAUCCUGUGUCACGUUUCACCAAAAUGUCACC